AAAUGCUUCCGGAUGUGUAUGUGAGAUCGGUGUAAGGUGCGCUCUGGGAGGAGCAGGUCCUAAUUCCAACGAAUGACACUGUCAUUCGCCUAGUAAGAAGGAAAGUUCAGUAUAGUAGAUGGUUCCUUCUUUCUUGUAUGAUCCAUUUUUCUCGUAUUCAUUUUUGAAAUAUUUGGCGGGAGAAGGGUAUGACCUUCCUCACCAAUCCAACUACAUCAUCAUUUUCGAAGACUUUAGAGAUCAAAAGACGCCUCCUCCAAGGAUGCAACAACUUCAAAGAGCUCAAGCAUGUCCAUGCUCGGCUUCUUCGAUUCGGCCUCGAUCAGGACAAUUAUCUUGUCAACAUGAUCUUGAAAUCGUGCUUAGAAUCUGGAGAGACGCAGCACGCCCGACUCGUUUUCUCUCAAACCAGAGAACCAAAUAUCUUCUUGUGGAAUACAAUGAUCCGUGGCUUCGUAUCCAAUGAUUGUCUUUACGACGCAAUCAAAUUUUACGGCCUUAUGCGAAGAGAGGGCUUGUUCCCCAAUAAUUUCACUUUCCCUUUUGUUCUCAAGGCGUGUGCCAGGCUCUCCGAUCUUGAAUUGGGGAUCAAGAUCCACACACACGUACUGAAAGCGGGAUUUGACUACGAUGUGUAUGUCAAGACUAGCUUAGUAUGUUUGUAUGCGAAAUGUGGGUGCGUGGGAAAUGCCCAUAAAGUAUUUGAUGAGAUGCCAGACAAAAAUGUUGUUUCUUGGACUGCAAUCAUUAGUGGGUAUAUAGAUUUUGGAAAUUUUGGGGAAGCAGUUGUAAUGUUUCAGAAGCUUUUGGAGAUGGGUCUUAAGCCGGAUAGCUUUACCCUUGUUAGGGUCCUGUCUGCAUGUUCUCAACUAGGGGAUGUAAAAAAUGGAGAAUGGAUACACAGAUACAUAAGAGAGAUGGGGAUGGAUCGUAAUGUCUUUGUGGCUACGUCUUUGGUGGAUAUGUAUACAAAGUGUGGAAGCAUGGAGAAAGCCCGCAGUGUCUUUGAUGGAAUGCAUGAGAAAGAUACGGUUUCUUGGAGUGCCAUGAUUGCAGGGUAUGCAAUGAAUGGAGUCCCUAAAGAGGCUGUGGAACUUUUCUUCCAGAUGCAGAGAGAAAAUGUAAAACCUGAUUGUUUUACCAUGGUUGGGAUUCUUUCUGCUUGUGCACAAUUAGGAGCUUUCGAAUUAGGGGACUGGGUGAGUGGUUUGAUUGGUAAAAAUGAGUAUCUCAAUAAUUUUGUCCUAGGUACUGCAUUGAUUGACAUGUAUGCAAAAUGUGGGAGAAUGAGUAGGGCAUGGUGGAUCUUUGAAGAAAUGAAGGAAAGAGAUGUAGUGGUUUGGAAUGCAAUUAUCUCUGGGCUCUCCAUGAAUGGGCAUGUGAAAGCUGCAUUUGGGCUUUUUGGUCAGAUGGAAAAAUUGGGAAUUCAACCCGAUGGGAACACUUUCAUUGGUCUUCUUUGUGGUUGCACUCAUGCUGGUCUAGUUGAAGACGGUCGCCAAUAUUUUGUUAGCAUGAGUCGCAUCUACUCCUUAACUCCUAGGAUUGAACAUUAUGGAUGUAUUGUUGACCUUCUUGGUCGUGCCGGGUUUUUAGAUGAGGCUCACCAAUUGAUUAAAGACAUGCCAAUUCAGGCCAAUGCUGUUGUUUGGGGGGCCUUGUUGGGUGGAUGCAGGAUACAUCGGGACACUCAGUUGGCUGAACAUGUAUUAAAACGCCUCAUCGAGUUAGAACCAUGUAAUUCAGGAAACUACGUCCUGUUAUCAAAUAUCUAUUCCACAAGUGGUAGGUGGAAUGAUGCGGCAAACCUCAGGUUUCUGAUGAACGAGAAGGGUAUUCAAAAGACACCAGGAUGUAGUUGGAUUGAGAUCAGUGGGGUUGUUCAUGAGUUUCGUGUAGGAGACCGAUCCCAUGCCUUGUCAGAGAAGAUAUAUUUGAAGCUUGAUGAAUUAGCUAAGAAAUUGAAGGAAGUGGGCUACAUGCCUACCACUGAGUUUGUGUUAUUUGAUAUAGAAGAAGAGGAGAAGGAGCACUCCCUUGGCUGUCACAGUGAGAAAUUGGCUAUUGGAUUUGGUUUGAUCAGUACAGAGUCAAGAGAUGUGAUUCGAGUUGUGAAAAAUCUCCGAGUCUGUGGUGAUUGUCAUACGGCCAUAAAACUAAUAUCUAAGAUAACAGAUCGAGAGAUAAUUGUCAGGGAUAAUAAUCGAUUCCAUUAUUUCCAAAAAGGAUCAUGCUCAUGCAGAGACUAUUGGUGAAUCUAUACUAGUAAAAGUAUGAAACCAUCAGGGCAUUCUUCUUUUAAUAGUAAACAAAAAGAAAAGGAUUUAUAGUAAAACUAGAAUAAGGAUCCUGAGAAACACAUAAAAACUUCUCUACUAUAAUCCUUCAGGAAUUCAAAUUACUAGUUUUAGUGGAACCCUACCUAAAGAUUCAGUUUGGAAUCUAUUCUACCUACAAGAAGCUGAGGAAGAACUAGAAGGAACUAGGAAGACAAUGAAGAAUAAUCCCAAGAAGUCAUGAUUUUCUGUUGGGACUCCAGGUCAGUUUUUCCUUUAUUUUUCUUUUAAAAAUAGAAGAACUAUAAUUACUAGAAAUGUUCUGCUUAUUUUGUGAUGUCCCCAAGAUUUAUCUUUAGAAUUUGUCUGUUUGUCUCUGUUACACUCUUCUGUUAAUUCUUGCGGUAAUUACUAGAUCUAGAGAGUGUUGGCCCCUGAGGAUAUUAUAAGUGAAGUAUAUCAACUGUUCUUGUAUGGCUCAUGACACUUUAUGAGUGUUGGCCCCAACUCUCUCUCUCUCUCUCUCUCUCAUGUAGUGCACACUCACUCUUCACAUGCCUAGAAUCUCUCUCUUAAGUGCAUUUAGAAUAUAUCAAUUUCUACGGUGUUUUCUAUGUCUACCUAUCAGACUAGGAAAGAUGUUACACUACACUGAACUUCUCAAGACCAUUAAAUGGCUACAUCUUAGGGUAUACUCUACCUUCACAAUUGAUAAGGUGGUUGAAGUGACAAAGUUGAAGGCAAUUAUGGAAUGCCAUUUUGAACUGUUUAUUAUGGCACAAUAUGCGUUUGUUCAAGCACAUGACAUGUCUGUUCAACACUAAGAUACCAUUUCUUUAACUAUAUUUUUAUGAAUAGCUCUAUCCUAACAACUACAUGCAUGCAUGCAAGUUAAAUCAAUUAUAUUUGAAGGCAAGCUCUGAAGGAAAUCUUGGACUAUCAGGUAUUGUGGUUGAAGUGACAAAGUUGAAGGCAAUUAUGGAAUGCCAUUUUGAACUGUUUAUUAUGGCACAAUAUGCGUUCGUUUAAGCACAUGAUAUGUCUGUUCAACACUAAGAUACCAUUUCUUUUAACUAUAUUUUUAUGAAUAGCUCUAUCCUAACAACUACAUUUAUGCAUGCAAGUUAAAUCAAUGAAGGCAAGCUCUAAAGGAAAUCUUGGACUAUCAGUCCCAAAUCACUAAACAGGCAAAUGUUUCAUCUCUUGUCAUGAUAAAAUUCACAGCCUUUGCAGAUGGGAAGUAAUUGGGCAAAAUUGUUGUGCAAAUGUAUUGGAGUGUUUUGAUUUGAUGGGUGUAAAAGAAUUUGAAUUUUUUGUGGUUUGGUUUUCUGAGGGUGGGGUGGUUAGGUGGCAGGUCUGGGAAUUUAGGGCUUGAACAUUAAUCCUAUUUGUUUUUAGUUCCGUUAUGCUAUGGUCAGGUUUGGGGUUUUAUAUGAUUAGGCUUUUGAAUUAUGGUAUUUGGAGGGUGAAAGGCGAGGAUGGGUUUGUUGUUCUGUUCUUUGUAAUUCUCUCUUCUCUUGCUUAAUAAAUUUUCUUUUUUAUUUACUACCCAAAAAAUAAAAUAAAAUUCACAGUGUUUUCAUUUCUAUUCCCCCACCCCUACCCUUGAACUGUACUCCUAAAAUGUUAUUGGCAUCGUGAACGUCAUUGAGCCUUUAGAUGAAGUUCUCUGAAGUGCCUAUACCUUAGAACCAGUUGCAUUUCUGGUAAACAUUCUUAUUACAAAAUUUUACAUGAUAUCCAUUCCUUUUGGUGGUAACUCAGUAAAAUAGUGAGGAGUUUAUCCAUUCUUAGUCCAACAUGUCGUGUCAAUACUGGAUUCAAACAUGUAAGGGAGCGAUUGAGGUGAUGUUUGGUACCAUUGCUGAUUCCUCUAAUGAGAUAUUUCAUAAGUCA